UGCUGAAGCUGCGCGUGCCAACCACAGGAGCAUCCUUCCGCGAGAUCAGAAGGAGGAAUUCAGUUUUCGACGGUUGUACCGUUUAGGGAUGUUUCCUCAUGCUUCCUCUGGGUGUUUUUAAAGCUUUAAUUCUUUGAACAACAAGUAAAAUUCCACAGACGUGUCUGGAGACCUUUUAUUUCCUUUUUAUCGACGCUUCCUUACAGUUUGGUGCCGCCGCCUGCCUCCGCCGAUACCGCAUCCUUUAUGCACAGCACGCUGCUCCGGUCCUCCCAGACGAAACACACAGAGCACAAUGGUCCGCUCCAGCUGCAUUCACUGAGGGACAUGGAAGCUAAACAACACCCGAUAAAAAGCCUAAAGAGCUUCCCGGAGACUGGCGGCCGCAGCCUCUCAGCGGCUGCCGGUGGAGGGGGAGGAGGAGACGGAGGGUUUCGAGCCGGCUCUGCCGAAAUGGAGAUGGAGCUCAAGAUCCAGAAAGCUAUCGACUUCAAGACAGAGGGUCAUCGCUGCUAUAAGGAGAAGAAAUUCCGGGAGGCGAUAGGCAAGUACCACCGCGCUCUGCUCCAGCUCAAAGGCGUUCAUGUUGUUGACGGGACGACGAGCUCCGAGGUCAGCCUGCUGAGUCAAGCUGCGGCCAAGCUGACCGAGGAGCAGCGGAGAGCCGUGGAGAGCACCGAGAUCGAGUGCUACGACAGCCUGACAGGUGAGCGAUGGGUCCUGCUGACACUACAGUUCACAGAAAGCUGGCUUAUUUCUGCACAGAUGGAGGAAAAACAACCUAUUGUUUAUUUCCAGGAAUGAACAAAGUGUACCGAUUUUAAGGAAGAUAGCAGCUUCAGCAACCUGUGCGCCAAUUUCCCAAAUAAA